UUGAGUUUUCCGAGCGGCUCCUGAACGCAGCAGCGCAGCAGGUUUUUAUCCUCGACGCGGAUCCUGCGGACAGGAGGCGGUUUGAGACGCAGAAAUGGGAAACUCAGACACCAAACUUCACUUCAGGAAGGCGGUGAUCCAGCUGACGACCAGAACUCAGCCUGUCGAAGCCUCAGACGACGUGUUCUGGGAUCAGUUCUGGGCCGAAUCCUCCACAGCCAUGCAGGAUGUUUUCGCUCUGGUUCCUGCUGCAGAGAUCAGAGCUGUGAGGGAAGAAUCCCCGUCCAACCUGGCAACCCUCUGCUACAAGGCAGUGGAGCGUCUGGUCCAAGGCGCCGACUCCGGCUGUCCGUCAGAAAAAGAGCGUCAGAUCGUGGUGAACUGCACUCGACUCCUCACCAGGAUUCUUCCAUACAUCUUCGAGGACGCCGACUGGAGAGGAUUCUUCUGGUCCACCGUCCCUGGAGCUGGAAGGACAAAGCGUUUGGAUGAAGAUGCAGAUGACGAUGAAGCCCGACCGCUGGCUGAAUCCCUGCUGCUGGCCAUCGCUGACCUGCUCUUCUGUCCAGAUUUCACCAUCCAGAGCCACAAGAAGAGCAGCCCGGAUUCAGCCGAGGACAUUCGAUCCAUCGACAGCUGUGAAUACAUCUGGGAGGCCGGAGUCGGAUUCGCUCAGUCUCCUCCGCUGAACUACGUCCACGACCUGAACAGGACGGAGCUGCUGAAGCUGCUGCUCACCUGUUUCUCUGAAGCCAUGUACCUGCCUCCUUCCUCUGACAGUAAAACCCUCAAUCCCUGGGUCUCCUUCUUCUGCUCCACCGAGAACAGACAUGCUCUGCCUCUCUUCACCUCCCUGAUAAACGUGGUCUGUGCCUACGAUCCGGUCGGCUUCGGGUUCCCCUACAACCACCUGCUGUUCUCCGACUCCCGCGAGCAGCUGGUGGAACAAUCCAUCCAGAUCCUUAUCGCCACCCUGGAGCACGAGGCCUCGUCGGCCUCCAGCGCCGCCCUGCAGGCCCUGGACGAAGCUACAGCUUCCCCCGCUGAUGAGGAGCCGGAGCCAACUGGACCUGAUAAUCUUUUUGUGAAUUAUCUCUCCAGGAUCCACAGGGAAGAGGACCUCAGCUUCAUCCUCAAAGGUCUUGCUCGGCUGCUCAACAACCCUCUGAUCCAGACCUACCUGCCUCGAUCCACCAAGAAGAUCCAGUUUCACCAGGAGCUGCUGAUCCUCUUCUGGAAGUUCUGCGACUUCAACAAGAAGUUCCUGUUCUUUGUGCUGAAGAGCAGCGAUGUUCUGGACAUUCUGGUUCCCAUCCUGUUCUACCUGAACGAUGCCAGAGCAGAUCAGUCUCGUGUCGGCCUCAUGCACAUCGGUGUCUUCAUCCUGCUGCUGCUCAGCGGAGAAAGAAACUUCGGAGUCCGUCUGAACAAACCGUUCACCCACCGAGUGCCCAUGGACAUCCCAGUUUUCACAGGAACCCACGCCGACCUGCUCGUCGUGAUCUUCCACAAAAUCAUCACCAGUGGACACCAGCGUCUGCAGCCUCUGUUCGACUGUCUGCUCACCAUCAUAGUGAACAUUUCUCCGUACCUGAAGAGUCUGUCCAUGGUGGCGGCCAACAAGCUGCUGCACCUCCUGGAGGCCUUUUCUACGCCCUGGUUCCUCUUCUCGGCCCCCCAGAACCACCACCUGGUCUUCUUCCUGCUGGAGGUCUACAACAACAUCAUCCAGUACCAGUUCGAUGGAAACUUUAAUCUGGUUUACGCCAUUAUCCGGAAGAGAAACGUCUUCCAUCAGCUGGCCAACCUGCCGUCGGACACGGCGUCCAUUCAGAAAGCUCUGCAGAAGAAGAAGAAGUCUGGGAUCUCCAGGACUAACUCCACAGAGAAAGGAUCCAUGGAGGGUUCUACGCCUGCUGUACCUGCAGAACCCGGCACCCUUAAAGCCAGUUUAGAGGCAACUCCAGGAAUCGAUAAGAUCACAGAGAAGUCUCAGGUGAGUGUUGAUGGUACGAUGGUCGCUGUUCCUCAUUCAGAUCCUCCUCAGACGCCUUCAGACAGAAACAUCGGAGCUGCAGCCAGCGACACUGAGUCCAACUCAGAGAGAGACCAGGAGGUCGACCACACAGAGUCGGAGGCAGCGAGGAGUCGACUGUCCAGCGUCUCAUCGACGGCAGCCUUCAGCGCUAAUCCAGACUGGGUGUUGUCAUGGAAAACCAGACUUCCUCUGCAGACCAUCAUGAGGCUGCUGCAGGUUCUGGUUCCUCAGGUGGAGAAGAUCUGCAUCGACAAGGGUUUGACAGACGAGUCAGAAAUCCUGAACUUCCUGCAGCACGGUACGCUGGUCGGCCUCCUGCCGGUUCCUCAUCCCAUCCUGAUCAGGAAGUACCAGGCCAACGCCGGCACCGCCAUGUGGUUCCGCACAUACAUGUGGGGAAUCAUCUAUCUGCGAAACGUGGAUCCUCCGAUCUGGUACGACACCGACAUCAGGCUGUUUGAGAUCCAGAGGAUUUAGAGGAACUACUGAGUGGAUUCUGUUUGUUGUCUUCACUCUUAGUAGCAAAACAACAACAAUAAACAUGGAAGUUUAUCCUCCUCA